AUGUCUAUCGUAGUGAAAAGCGUGUGCAAGGCGUUGGAACGAAUCGCACCACUCCGGCUCGCUGAACCAUGGGAUAAACUCGGGUUAUUACUUAUCCAGUACUACAGAGUCUCCUGUCCCAAGGUCCGACGCAAAGCGCUCCUGACUACUGCUGUCCUCGAGGAGACAUUAAAAGUGCCUACGGCGCUGGUAGUAACCUACCACCCACCCCUCUUUCAACCCAUUACUUCUCUCACAUUGGCAAACCCACUGCAAGCAUCCCUGCUCAAGCUCUCAGCCGCAGGGACGUCAGUCUUCUGCCCUCACUCAAGUCUCGAUGCGACUUGGGGUGGUAUCAACGAUUGGCUUGCAGAAGGCGUCAUGGGUCCCCAGAAGGCCACUGCAAAAGUCAACAUCCUGGGAGAAGUCAAGGGAGAAGCAGGUGGUGCCGGCCGGAUCGUGGCGCUCGAUGAACCGAUUCCUAUCGAGGAACUUGUUCAAAGAGUAAAGAAGCAUCUUUCUUUGUCACAAGUUGACGUAGGGCGGCCGCUCGCUCAAAAAUCGAUCAAAUCGGUUGCAAUUUGUGCUGGUGCCGGAGGAACGAUGCUCUCAGGAGUCGACGCCGAUGUGUAUUUCACGGGGGAGAUGCAACAUCACGAAGUCCUUGAAGCAGUUGCAAGGGGUCGAUACGUCAUACUAUGUGGACAUACAAAUACCGAGCGUGGAUAUCUCCCUGUUCUGGCAAAGAAGCUUUCGGACACACUUUCCGAACUUGUGCGGGACGAGUCGUCCAGUGGAUUGUCGCGAGAAGAAAGAAUCGAGAUCGAGAAGUAUCAGCUGGACGUCCACAUCAGCGAAGUUGAUAGGCACCCUCUUGAUCGCAUGUAAACAAAUACCGGUGCAGAGCGAUGUACCGGGAAGGUUUGAAUAUAUGAUUAUACAAAUGCUAUAUAUAAUAUUGGAUGAGCCUUCUUUGACGAGGCAGUGAGGUCAGAUCUGUCACCUGCCGGAAGCUCGAAUUGUCUCUAUCAAAUGCAAAGACAAUAACUGGACAGAAUGCAUGUGGUAUCCUUGUCCUAUGAGCGAUACACGGCAUUCAACCUUGUGUUGGGCUUCCCCGAUGUUUGCAAUAUUUCUUAGAGUUCAGUUGCUAAUCCACAAAGGAAUUGGUUUUACUGACUACUAGCAGCGGACCGAGGAUGAGCCGU